AUGGCGCAUGUCACAGAACAUCCGCUUCGGAUAAAGCGGAGAAAGCUGGAUGAAGAUACACAGCCCGUCGAGGAGGUCACCUUUACAUCUCCGAACCAACUACGCGACUUGCUCGUCUUCCAGCAGAACCCCGUGGCGGCCAAGCAAGGUCUAAACAAAUUCAAAGAGUUCCUCUCGUCUAUCCAUAACCCGGAUAAUGAGAACGAAAAAGCCCGGAAGCUGAAGGUCCUGAAAGGCUAUUGCGAUAAGCAAAUCUCCCCUGGAAAGGAAGAGGGAGCCUCGAUAUGCUUUCCGGAUAUCAUUCAGGCCUGGAGUUUUGCUGACAGCAAUAACAAUGAGCCGCUUCUCACCAACGUUCCGUCGGUAUUGGCCAUCUUCCUGAAGACCAUCUCGCGAGAGCUUGAAUUUCGGGACUUUGGCCUUGCUCUGUGCAAGCAUCUGUUGCAGAAGGACCAGUUGAGACUUUUCAACCGCGGGUUGACUGCUCUGAAAUCAAAAGAGCAUCUCAUUUCUCCUUGUCUCCGCCUCUUGACGGAGAUUGUGACUUAUGAUGGAGGCGCAGUGGCCCGGCAGUUAUAUAGCCGCCGUUACAUCGCCUUCAAGCGUCUCGAGAUAUUUUUGACUCCCAACAAGGUCCAACUGGAGUCAGGUGAAGAGGCUCAGAAAUCGACCCUUCGACGAAAUGCCCUGCGCUAUCUGCUUGCCAACUUUAGAGUACAGAGCACCUUGGAAAAGAGCGAUAUCAUCGAGCAAUUCAAACUUACCAAAUCUCUACUCGAAUACGUUCGAAAGGACCCUCGGGAUAUUGCUUUGGAAGUCAUCAAGUCGAUCGAGAGAGAUAUCGUUCAAGACGCUUCGCUACCGCGCAAGUCGAAGAACAAAUUCUUCAAUCGAGUGAACCUAGAGAAGCUGGUGACUCUUUAUGGCUAUGAUCGUGAAUCCGAUGAGCCAAACCCGGAAGGUAUUUCCAUCGCGAACGAGGUUCACCGGAUCCUUUUGAACAUAUCUAAGACCGCCGACCUUGGCGUUCUUCUUCCCGAGUCGGGAUGGUAUCCGGUCGGAGUUGAUCCGGAGACCCUGCCCGUGGACGAUGACGAAUGUAUUGAACUGGGACUUGACUCGCCGAUCUAUGUCGACAAAUACCGAGAGUCUGUCCCUGUGCGCAACAACAACUUAUCAUACCUGAUUCAAUGCCUUCGACCCGAUGUGGAUAGUCUUCAGAUCGAGCUAUUAGUGAAUAUCUUCAAGGUAGCGCCAGAGCUAAUUGCUGAUUACUUCACGAAGAAGUCCAUGUUCACAUCAGACCCCAAGCCGACAGCCUCGUGGAUGGCUGAAUCCGCCUUUCUCUUCUCGACGGUGCAACUGCCCGUCCCCACAAAUUGUGGCUGGAAGGACAAGCAGCCCAUCCUGCCACCGCCAGUCUCAAUUGUCAUUGAAAAUAUCCUUCCGCGUCCGUUGACCCAGAGAAUUAUGACCCGCUGUCUGAACCAGAAUGCAGAGAUCAUUACUCUAUUCGCCGUGCGAAUCCUGACAGAAGCAUUCAAGAAACUGCGGGCAGUGCUGAAGAUUUUCCGAGCCGAACAUAGCCAGGCGCAGUUGUUCUGGAAUCAGGCUUCAUCCAGACUACUCGCUGAGUUUUACCGUCGAUGCCCCGCUAUGAAAGACGUUAUUGUUCUGUUCCGCCGAACUGCCAAGGAGGAUUUGCAGCAGCAAGAGGCUGUCGCAGAGCUUCUGACCUUCUACUACGAAGUGAUGCCCGAUAUCGCAUUGGAAGAGAACUUUGAUGUGUCUUUGGUCCUGGUUGACGUGCUGAAACGAUUGGAGGAGCCAGAAAUCAGCACCGAUGAUUCGGAGCUUCUCCUGAGUCAGCUCCAGAGUGUUCUUCAGAUCGCACAGCAAUCCACUUCGGUGCGCUGGUGGCAAAAGCCAGCAUCUAUGCAAUAUUCGCCGUUCAUCUCGGUCCUCAAGGUUCUUAUCGAGACAUCAGACAGGGACUCUUCCCGACGAAUUUCGGUCUUGCUGAGGUCGGUCCUUGUGGAGAGCUCGAUUCUGCAGAAUUCCCCGCUGUCCUUCAAUGCUCUACUGACUAGUAUCGAGGAUGUUGGAUCGGAAACUCUGCAGAAGCAACUUGUAUUCAUUGAGAACUGCCUAUCUCGUGUUGCCAAGAAACCUGUCCACUACCUCGACUUAAUUGAAAAUCUUUCGAAGGGUGCGACGGACACAACGAGUUCAUUCGUGGCUGCUAUUGUUGAGCAGUGGCCUUUUAUUGUUAAGGCUGGUGAUGAAUCAACUGAAGCGGCCGUUGGAUCGUGGAUCUCAAAACUACUGGGACAACUGAAUCAAGCCGGAGAGAGCCCCGCUGCACUGAAGUCCGCCCGGGAUGCUCUGGUCGAGGUGACGAAGACGAAGAAGGUUCGCUCUUCUUUCAAAAAGUGUCUGAGGGAGACAGAUGAUGCCGAAUCGGGAGAUAAAAUGGACAUUGACACUACUCCGGUCACAUCUAUUGCCACCAGCAAGCGCCCGGAGGUGGAUCUCGAUGAAAUAUUUGGCUUUUUGCCAGCCGAAGGGACAACCCAUAAUGCAUUGCAUAGGUGGGAGAAAGAGGAUCUGGAAGUAGCAGUGGAACAGGGUCAGGUGGCCGAGUUGAUGCUCUGCCUGUGCUCCGACCACGAGGAAGUUCGAAGGCAGGCAUUUGCCAAUGUCGCUCGCUUUAUGGCCAAAUUGAAGGAAAGCAAGUAUGUGGAAUGGCGAUCUGUUUAUCUUCUCACCGGUGAACUGCUCGAGACGGUCAACAGUCUUGGAAUCAAAACCGGUGAACCCAUUCCUUGGAUCGUUGGUGAAUGUGCGGCCAACUGCCUCGCAGUCAUCACGAACCCGCUGCACAAAGUGUAUGGCAAAGUCAACAAGUUCUUGCAAAAAUCACCUUCGUGGGAGGUGGACAAGAUCCCUUCUUAUUGGAUUGAUAAGAUUCUCCUACAUGAGCCUGAGCUGGACGAUGGGUUCUUCGAUGAAACUGAUUGGUUGCUGGGCAUGUUUGUGAAGGGUCUGCGCAGCAAGGCGGAUAUGGAUAUCUACCGUCGUGCGAAUGUUUUCGAGCGCAUCCUUUCGCUUUAUCAAGCGCCCAGCAUUGGUCCUGCUGCGCGCAAAAAGAUUCUACACAUCCUCUACCGCGCCGCUCAGGUUGGAGGCAGUACGACGCUGAUCACUCGCGCAGCUGUCAUCCCCUGGAUUCAGCUUCAGAUGAUCGACUCUGACGCGAAGGAGGCCGAUCUCCUCUCGGCUCUGGCACGAGCAAUCUAUGAAUCGUCUGAUCGGGAGCGUGUGGAUGCUUGGAGUGCUGGCACCAUCGAGCUAUCACUGAAGAGGAUUGCACGGGCGUGA